AUGAAACAGUCCAAGGGAAGCAGGAACUGUGUGUUCUAUGCGCAGCACCCCGAGAAAGAGGAGCAGCCGCCCUCAUGGCAGGAAGUCAAGCAGACCCCUGUCCUGAUGGCCACGAUCAAAGGUCCAGGGCCUGCCAAGUACCUCCGGCCAUCCUGCACAGGAUACAUAGAACACGAUGGCUCCAUGUUCCAGGAGCCCGCUUACAGCCUGCACACCAGACACUCAGAGAAGCGGCUCACAGAUGUAUGCAGCCCCGGGCCAUGCUAUUCCAUGGACCCCAAAGCAACCCGGUUUGGAAUGUCCACCUGCCCUCAGGUCCUCAUGGAGGAGCGCAUCUCCAACCUACGCCUAAGCCCUGUACCAGCUCCCUGCCACUAUAACGUGGAGAAGAUCUGCCCCCCGGGGGAACGCACCGCUCCCCAGUACACUUUCGGCUACCGGUGCCCAUUCAGAGUGAUGGAUCCCAACCCUGCUCCAAACCAGUAUCAUCUGCCACUCUUGCUGGGGCCCAACUCGCCUGUCUACCCGUCCGCCCCGAGUUAUAGCCUGGGCUCUUCAAGCAAGAAUUGGUUCUACAAAGAGAAUAUCACAGGAGGCCCUGGGCCGGCCAUGCACGCCAGGCCCGAACCAUCCGUGUACCAGAACCGCAGCCCUAUCUAUAGUAUGGCCAAGCGCGUUGCCUACCCCCUGGACCACACGCUCCGACCGGGCCCUGGCUCCCAUGACAUCCAGCAGGUCACUGUGCACAAGCCUCGGGCGCCCACAUUCACCAUGGGCAUCAAGCACUCUCCCUACCUGUGCCCGCUGAUCGUUGAUAUCCACGACUGAGGGCUCUGCUCGUCAUUUGCUCCCCUCCAUCUCAGAGAUGCUAUUUUUCUAUACCACUAGUUGAGAAAUUUGACCGCAGAGCUGUUACCUACUGAGUGGCCCGCACCCAGAGGCA